AGUUCUCUUUCGCGUUUAUUAGACAAGAAAAGUGUGUGCGGAGUCAUUAAAGAUAAUAUGGCGGCAAACUCUACAACAAUGACUGAAAGAAGAAAGGUUUACGUGAUCGGAGUUGGAAUGACUAAAUUUGAAAAACCAGGGAGAAGAGAUAACUUUGAUUAUCCAGAUAUGGCCUUAGAAGCUGGUCAGAAAGCACUUCAAGAUGCUAAAAUUCCUUAUGACAAAGUUCAACAAGCAGUUGCUGGCUAUGUAUAUGGUGAUACAACCAGUGGACAAAGGGCAGUUUACCAACUUGGACUUACUGGAAUACCUGUUUAUAACGUAAAUAAUGCAUGCUCCACUGGAUCAACAGCAUUGAUGAUGGCUAGACAGUUUAUCGAAGGAGGACUCAAUGACUGCGUUCUUGCUAUUGGUUUCGAAAAGAUGCAAAGAGGUCCUCUUAAAAUUGGGCACACAGAUCGAGUAAAUCCAAUGGAUAAACACGUAGAGUUGAUGUGCGAGUUAGAAGAUAUGACAUCAGCACCUAUUACUUGCCAAAUGUUUGGUAAUGCUGGAAUAGAACAUAUGAGAAAAUAUGGUACAAAGCCAAUUCAUUUUUCGAAAGUCGCCCAUAAAAAUCAUAAACAUUCUGUUAACAAUCCUUACUCACAAUUUCGGGAAGAGUAUUCACUACAGCAAAUCGUUGAUUCCCAAAAAAUGCAUGGACCUCUUACAAAAUUACAAUGCUGUCCAACAUCUGAUGGAAGUGCUGCUGCGGUACUUGCAAGUGAAGACUUUGUAAAAGCUCACAAUUUACAAAAUCAGGCAAUAGAAAUAGUGGCUCAAACUAUGGUAACAGAUAUGCCAAGUACAUUUAAAGAUAAAAGUUCCAUGAAACUAAUAGGUUAUGAUUUAACGAAGAAGGCUGCAGAACAAAUAUAUGAAAUUGCUAAAAUUCAACCUGAUGAUAUUGAUGUGAUUGAACUUCACGAUUGCUUCAGUGCGAACGAAUUGAUAACUUACGAAGCAUUGGGCUUAUGCCCCGAGGGAAAAGCAGGAGAAUUCAUCGACAAAGGAGAUAAUACAUAUGGUGGAAAAUUCGUCAUAAAUCCAAGUGGUGGAUUAAUUUCGAAGGGUCAUCCACUAGGAGCUACAGGACUGGCUCAGUGCGCAGAACUCUGUUGGCAAUUAAGAGGAGAUGCAGGAAAAAGACAAGUGAAAAACGCUCGCUUGGCUUUACAACAUAAUUUGGGAUUGGGCGGAGCAGCAGUACUUUCUCUUUAUCGUCACGGAUUUCCAAAUCUAUCAAAGAAUCAAAUGGCAUCAGGUACAUCUUCAAGUGAACCUGGUUUUGACUUCAAAAGUCGUGCAAUAUUUCAAAGAAUACAAGAAAAAUUAAAUAAAAACGGAGCAGAAUAUGUUAAAAAGAUUAACGGAAUCUAUUGCUUUAAAGUUAAAAAUGAGCAGGGAAAAGAGGGAAUAUGGAUAGUGGAUGUCAAAAAUGGUAAAGGCUCUGUGAACUAUACGAACAAAGGAGCUGGAGAUAUUACAAUAAGCAUAUCCGACAAUGAUUUAGUAAAACUAAUGCUUGGUCAGUUAAAUUCCCAACAGGCUUUCUUUCAGGGAAAGCUAAAAAUUAAAGGAAACAUGGGAUUAGCAAUGAAAUUGAAGGAAUUUCAAUCAGAAGCUCAAGCAAAACUUUGA